AAAUUGUGUAGUAUUGUAGCGGGCAGCUCGCCCAUUUUCCAAUUGGAAAAUUGUGUUUGUUUUGAUCAACGCUACAGCACCAGCGAGUGUAGGCGUUUAUGUGGAUGCGUGUGUGUGUGUGUGUUUGUGUGUUUCAGUACGCGUCAGUACAAGAAUAGUUCUCACACUCCAGCAACACCCUACACCCCCCUUGUUGUUGGUCGGUUGUGGAUUGAAGCGAAAAGAGCGUCACCGUGAAGGGAUGCCUUGGUUGAAGCAUAAUAUUGUGAUUGUACUUCCGGCCUUAAGCAGCAAAAACAAAACAAAACAGAAGGAAGUAUCACAGCCACACAGUUCCAACUGCAGUGAUGCCCAGUAGGUGGGGGUUUCAAACUAAACGGGCGGAAAACUGGUGAUGGCUUUUUGUGUAUCAUCUAGCACACCCACCACCAAAGAAAGCCAUCAGGCCGCAUCAGGUUGGCAUUGGGUGUAGCUUACAUAAUGAUGCUAGUUAGCUCGUGUCACAGUAAUAGUGGUGCCUGCCUGCUGGCGGGGCAUCGUCUAGAAGCGCCCUAAAGCCUUCUGAUAAACAGCUACAGCAAACGACGUGGAAGAUUUACUGCCCCUGUGGUGCCUAAGUGCAAACGCUGAAUCGUGUCAGAGCAGAAAACAAAAUGCUGUUAACGAUUAAAGCGGCAGCGAGACGACGGUUGUCGUCGUUAUAGAAUGAUCGUUGCUCAGUGAAUUUGUUGUGUUUAGUGUCCUGAUUGGUGUAUGUUUCAGUGUGUGUGUGUGUUUGUUUGUGAGAGAGUGAGUGAGUUUGGGGGUGGAAAACCAAAGAGUUGCGGAAAAAGUUCAUCCAAAUUCCGGGCCGCAGCUGUACAGUGAGUGAGUGUGUACCGGCUGGUGGAGCGUUGUGGAGUGGUGUGCAAAGGAGUGUACGUACCGUACGGUCGGCAUACAUUGCCGCAGGACGUGUAUACUGUGUGGCGGAGGAAAGGAUAGAGUCGGCUCUUACGGUGGUCAAAUUUUGUGUUCGAUUCGAUCCGGCCGCCCCACCGGACACCGGCCAGCGUCGAGGAAAGCGUUCGGAUCAUUCCGCGUCCACUGAAGUAAAUGGUGACUUUUGCUAAAUGGCAUACAGCGGAGUGAUCGAAAAGGAGUAACAAUCUUCCCCGAUUCGCGUUCGGAUGCUGCUAGAGAGCGAGUAGAAACCACACCACCACCACCACCAGGUGGUCGUCACACACGUAUCUGACGCAAGACGGCCGACGGUUCGCGGUGCUGUGCGGUGAGCUGCGUUGGACCGUGGGGGGCGAGGGGGACCCCGUGAGCAAAGUGCCAAGUGCCAAGUGUCGAGCGCGCGCACGCCACCUUUCAGCAUGCAGCGGUCGUUCGGUGGCCUGUCGGCGGCCAGCCGGGCAGGAGUUUACGACGGCAAAAUAGCCGGCCUGUACGAUCUGGAGGAAACGCUCGGUUCGGGCCAUUUUGCCGUGGUAAAGCUUGCCCGCCACGUCUUCACCGGCGAGAAGGUGGCGGUGAAGGUGAUCGAAAAGACCAAGCUGGACGAGAUUUCGCGCGCCCACCUGUUCCAGGAAGUGCGCUGCAUGAAAUUGGUCCAGCAUCCGAACGUGGUGCGGCUGUACGAGGUGAUCGACACGCAGACGAAGCUGUACCUCAUACUGGAGCUGGGCGAUGGCGGCGACCUGUACGAUUACAUUAUGCGCCACGAGAAGGGCCUGUCGGAGAACGUGGCCCGGGAGUACUUUCGGCAGAUCGUGCGCGCCAUCUCCUACUGCCAUCAGCUGCACGUGGUGCACAGAGAUCUGAAACCGGAGAAUGUGGUGUUCUUCGAGAAGCUGGGCGUCGUGAAGCUGACUGACUUUGGCUUCAGCAAUAAGUUCUGCCCGGGCCAGAAACUGGAGACGUCCUGCGGCAGUUUAGCUUACUCGGCGCCGGAAAUACUGCUCGGCGACUCGUAUGACGCACCGGCAGUCGAUGUGUGGUCACUCGGUGUGAUACUGUUCAUGCUGGUUUGCGGUCACCCACCGUUUCAGGAGGCGAACGAUUCCGAAACGCUUACCAUGAUCAUGGACUGCAAGUACACGAUGCCUGCCCACGUGUCGGACGGUUGCCGGAAUCUCAUCAGCAAAAUGCUCGUUCGUGAGCCAGAGAAGCGGGCCACGCUGCAGCAGAUUGCGCUGGACGUGUGGCUGAUGGAGGGCAGCUGCGAGGAGACGCCGGAAAAUCAGCCCCUAGUGAGCCGGGAGCAGGUCAGCGAGGAGGACCAUACGCUGAUCAUCCAGAAGAUGAUCAAUGGCAAAAUUGCUACCAAAGAGGAAAUCUUAGAGGCUUUAGAUCGUAACGAGUACAAUCACAUAACGGCGACCUACUUUUUGCUGGCGGAGCGAAAACUUCGUGCACACCGGCAGGAGGAAGCGCAAAAACGGAAACCGGAGCUAACGUUGCCGGUUUCGAACAGUACGCGGUUGCUUCAAAAUUUUAAGAAAAACGAAGCAAAUGAAGAUGAGGAUACGCAGGAUGGACUGCUGUCAGCGCGACUGGGCAUGCAUCUGAGUGUACCCAGGACGCCGGGCACGGAAACGGGCCAGACCGGUCGAAGUCGAAAGUGCAGCAUCGUGCAGGAAGAGGAGGACGACGAGGAUGACGUUCAUUGUGCUGGCCACGAGGAACUGUCCACGCCGCUGAACAGGAGAGGGUCCCGAUCGGAGGGACGCAUCAAUGUAACCGUGCAGGAUCGAAUAGCAGAAUCGGAAAGGCUAAAACUGGAGGCGAAAAAAUAUCAACAGUCAGAGCAGCAGCAGCAGCAGCAAAGCCGGCUCAGCGCUGACGAGGAGAGCGACAGAGAAUCACAAACGGAUCAAGUCGAUGGUGGCGAUGCCGGUAACCAUCAGCGUGCACACCCCCAAACGUCACCGCUGCUCGGUGGCAUUGGCAACGUAACGCUGGUGACGAGCGAAAACAGCAGCACGAAAGAUCGGCUAGGGAUAGCGGGCGGUGGGCUGCACCGGAAACCGAUGCCGGAGCUGAAGCGGCACGUCGGCGGCAGCAUCGAUUCGAAAAAGUCAUCCAUACUGAAACCAACGCUGGUAAAGAUUACGGACGGGGUGGUGGGCGUGCGGUCGGGUUCGUUCGAUCAGUGCAUGCGCAACAUGGCUGGCGGCGGCGGCGGUGGAGAGCUCGUAACGACCAAGAUCAUUACCGACAGCUCGACGAUAACGAUACCGAUACCGACGCUCAACAUUGUUACCGCGUCCACGAUACCGAAGUACAAGACGAUGCCGUCACCGACCCGGUCGAACGCGAUCCUCACCUCGACCACCAACUGUCUGAACGAGAUCUUCGAGGAGGGCACGGACGUGGGCAGCUCGGACAGUACGAGCACUACGCCCCGGCCCGUCAUCCGCAGCCAGUUUGUGGCGGCCCGCCAGCAAAGCCAACCGGCCGGCAAUGGUACGGCGAGUGGGGCGGCGGCCAGCACCGGCAACAAUGUGCACCGGCGCACCAAGUUCAACAACAAAUCGCGCACCGCGUCCUGCAGCAGCUCGGACGCGUCGGACGACGAUUCGGAGAAUCGGAAGAAGCGGGCGCACAAAAUCGUCGACGCUACGGUUAAGCCGCUGUCGCAGCGGCGCGACUCGCACGACGACUCGAGCGACUCGCAGGACCAGGGCAGCAAUGUGGCGGGAGGGGGCGGUGCGGGCAAACCACUCAUCAGGGGCAUCUCGGGUGCCACCACGAACGGUAGCAGCAGCACUACCAGCAACGGUGGCACUGGUGGCGGCGGUAGCGGCACUAGAAGCGGCACUGGGUCUUCGGCGACGGACGAUAAGCAUGGCGCGAGCAAUCGGCAGAAAUCAUCGCAGCCCGUCGACUUCCGGCGGCAUCGUGGGCGAAGGCGGCCGGUCGAGACGCGGUUGCGCGAAAGUCAGUCCCUGAACCGCAUCACCGAGGUGCAAGAGUCGGAGGUCGGCGGCGGUGGCGGCGGUGGUGGUGGUCAUUCCGUGACACAACAGCUGGCCAGCAGUACGGUCGUGGGCACACCGCUGGUACAGAUGGUCACUUCUAACGGUGCCGUGGCGAAACCGACGACGGAACCACCGAACGCAACGGACGGUGCGGGUAGUUGCGAGCAGCAGUCGGAUAAAAGUUGUGAUAACGCAUCGUCUGACCGGGCGUCUGGAGAACCGGAAUCGGAGCCACCGGCAUGCCGGGAAGCCGGUACGCCAAGCAGCACAAAGAAGGGACAGUCGGGGAAGGCGGCAUCGCCCCGGCAGCAUCACCACGGGACGUCCAAGCCGAAGGGGCUUAGUGCGAGAAUAUUCCACACGUUCAAGAAGCAACCGGUGGCUGCGGUUACGACGACGACCGCUGCCAGCAAUGCGGCCAGCGCUAUGAGCGAUCCACCCUCUACCGGCUCGGCCGACGACAUUGAGAUAGUGGUCGAGCUGGCCAAGGCACUGAACAACGCGUCGACGGAAGGGGGCAAGACUGGCAACACGAAAAAGAUCAAAAUUCUUGGCCGCUACUUUCAGGUGCAUAAGAAAAUUUACGUUCCCCUGUCCGGUUUGUUCCAGCGGGGUCGCCUAUACAAGGCCCAGUCCUGUGGCUCGAUCGUGCGCGACAAGGUGAACGUAAACCCGAACGGCGGUGGCGCCGGCUCGCAUGCCAACACUACCGGCCGCCAUUCAACGAUAUUCACGGACAAGAAUCGUAUCAUUAAAAAUUGUCUCGGUGGUGGCGGCGAAGCUGCUGCCCGGCAUCUCGGCAGUGACGGUGACAUAAAUCACAACGGAGGUUCCCAUCAUCAGCACCAUCAGCAGCAUCAGCAACUGCACAGCAGUAGUGGUUUUCUGGCAUCGCUCUCGGCUACGGGCGGCGGUGUCGGUGCGUCCAGCGAAUGCAUUGGCCGUGGUUCGUCCCCGAUCGAGCUUGUAUCGACCGGGCGCCGGUCCAGCAUUGUCGAUCAUGCGACACCGGUGCUCGGUGCGGCAGCCGUGACACCGCCCGUACCGAUCAAGACGGCGUAGUAGAGCCGUUUUGAAGGAGCAAAAACAAAAAUGCUAAAAUUCUAAAACCACACACACACACAGCUAUUAAGCCAAAGAGAUUGUUUUGCAAAAGAAGUGUGAGGCUCGUUCUCGGUGUCCUGCUUACCCUCCUGCUGGCGCUCCUGCCCGAAGCGCCGAUACAAAUGACAUGCAAUGCAAUUUUGUUAUCGUAUAUAGGUAGUCUCCCCAAUACCCACGCAAAAGGACAAAGUUUGGUCGAACUGUUUUUACUUAAUUAAUUUGUUCCACGUUUCGAAAGUUUUUACACAAUCAAACCACUGUUUAUGUACAGUUUGUCCCAGUUUUUUUUACUAGCGAAAGAGUGAUGGAGGGAAUGGAAAUGAUCGCAAAACCCAUUGUAUACAUCAGUUUUCAUUAGGAAGAAAACGGAAACGACACGUGCAAUAUUUCGUUGAAUGCGUUUGACACAGGGUUACAUUCACUCGAUAAGUUAUCAUUAGUCCGAGAUCAGUUCGGUUUGUUCUGCGUGCCCAGUGAAAGCGGAAUAGAAAAACGGAAGGAAUAGGUUGUAAGGUGCAAAGUAUUACGAUACGAUUAAGUUAAACUCAUUUGUUCGCUUGUUUUUAAACGGUUACAGCUGGUCUCGGACGAUUGUCGCACAAUGGUCACAGAAGCCGGCAGUUUGAGCUAUUUUUUAAGUAAAACCCAGAAGUUGUGUGACACGCUCGCGAACCAAAUAGUUUGAUAGUGCGACGAUGCUGAGGUUUGGAAGGGUUUAAACAGAAGGGGAUUAUGCAGCUUAUUUACCAUUUUCGUAUGUGGACUUGGUCAAAAGGACUGGAAAAAGCUCGACCGACACACUGACGCUGACAGCAAAGAAAGUAAAAUAAAAUCCUAAGCUUAGAACCGUUGUAGUCUGCAAAGCAACAAGGUACAUAUAAAGGGCACGGGAAAGCUACUUUCCCAGGCACAGGUAGAACAAAGGGAAAGUCAAACCAGGAUGUAGAUGUUGUUGCUGUGUCGCCCGCCCGGUUUGGUGGUUUUUGUGUAGUAGUAUGGCACACUAUCAAAGUACUGCAGAGUAAGACAGACACACACACACACACAUACACACAUGUGCAAGAAGCAAAAUACUAACACUAUUUUUGUAGCUAAUUUACCACAUUUUUACGCGUAUCAGUAACUUUUGAUAACAAAAAAUCUUACCAUUUUGUCGAUUACUUGAACAGCCGCCGCCGCCGCCGGUUUUGUGUGUGUGUGUGUGUGGUCCCUGUGGUAUGUUCACUUUUCAUACCCGGGAAUGUGUGUGUGUGUGUUGAGGGAAGGCGCCGCCGGGAAAGGGGAUGUGAGUACGUGCGUGUAUGAGUGUUUCCGUACGAUUUAUAUUUUGUGUAUGUGCUGUGCACAGGCCAAUUCACUUCUUUCUCAAUGGGUCGGUUUUGGGAGCGCGGCUUAAUAUCGUUUAAUCGUCUAUAAACCGCCCGAACGCGUGGAAUGAAUGUGUUAGACGUUAAGCAUUAAGCAUUGACAAAAUCGAAUCUACUUGAAGAUAGUACGAUGUACGAUGAAGAGAGAACGAGAUACGGUGGGAAGGAGGUAACUGAUAGUAAACUCGAAUCGAACGUAGCGCGCAUGAACAUGUGAAGAGAAUUGUGUGUUCGCUUAGCACUGCAACUACCAGCUACUAUGACUAUAACUAUUACUACUAGUACUACUACUACUACUACUACUACUAAUGCUAAGACUACUACUACCGUAAGGCAAAAACAUCCCGUCGGGCGAAAGGGGCAUUUAUUAGGCUUAAGAGAAGAGUGUAUGUAGCUUGUAACUGAACUGAAUACAAUCAGGAUACCUAUACUAGACAGGGGGGAGGGAGGCAGCUUAAGUGUGUGUAAAUUAACGUUCGAUCCAUCAUCUCUGCCAUCUCCCACGCGGGGGGUCGAAAAGCAGGCAAGCAAGAACGAUACCACCGUCUCUCGGACGUGCGAAGCCGCCACCGCACAAACACGCUGCUGAUAUUUGUUGAUGCGCUGUUUUGCACUGUGAUGUAUAUUUCCGGUGUGUUCCUUAACAAAAGCAAAAAAGCGAACGAUGAAUUGCUAUAUUUUGAUUUUUAUUUAAAUAGAAAAGGGGAAUAGAGACAUCACCCGGGCAUCUAACGCACGAAACACAGGAAUGAUUCCAUCGAUGCUCUGUUCAUCGAUGCUCGUGUUAAUAGGUGUUGAGAUAGAAAUUGUACUUGUCGGUCAGGCAUGUAAUUUCGAGCACAAUUUGCACGAGAAAACUUGUUAGAUAAACACACACACACACAGACAGACAGUAAAACUCAAUCCCAAAACCGAUGGGCACCCCCCCCACACCCCACACCUGAUCGUAAUCCUCGCAAUCCCAUACGUGCAUACGUGAGUGUUCGCGAUUGUAUGCACGCUCAUCACAUUCUUUCUGUUUUGGUGGUCAGUUGAUAAUGAAAACACAUUCGUGAUUCGUGGGGCCGGCUGACUGCUCUCCUCUGCUCCGGGUAGUAGCAAGUCAAUGGGAAAUGUGGGUAGAUGUAAGUAGUGUUGCGUGGCGCUGGAAUUCCGCAUUCAAAGGUGUCGCAUAAACAGUACAGUAGCUCUUCUCGAAUAUAGCGUAAAUGUAUACAAAAAAAAAAGUACGAAUGCUGAUUAGACGAGGAAAGCGUAGCGUGGAUGGAUAGGUUCUAGUUUAUACUAAAAAUCACCGUACAAGCACUAGAAAGCGGAGCGACAAUGUCGUUUCCCAAUUUGUUAGCGAUAAACAGGGGGGGAGGGAACGAACGAAUGUACCAAUGAGAACAAAACAAACUUACACAAACAUACAUUAGUGAUCGUUAUGUGGGAUGAUCGUUUAGAUUUAUUAUUAAGAACAGUGAAACACGCAACACUAAAGAUUAGACGGGCGGGGGCACACUUUCUGUACAGCAAAACCCCAUUUUGUCACCAGCCACCACCUUCAUGGAAUACCUAAUAAUAACUCCCCCAUUUGGCCCCCAUUCUGCUAGGAUAAGAAUGAGGCGUACAGAAUGUAUAAGAUAUAUAAACAAAAGAAAGAGAAGAAGAAAAAAAACUUUAAUUGCGGUGCCGUCGAAACGAACAAGCUGGUCUUGUUUUGUUAUGGUGUGUCACGUUACGUUUAUAAGAAGCAUAUAGCAAAAAAAGAAAAGAAAAGAAAAUUAUAUGAGCGCGAUAGUAAGUUAUUGUUUAAGGCAAACCGAAGGAGAUUUUUUGAAAAUUAAAUAAUUCUGCCACUGUCGGAGAACACAUACACACACACACACACACAGGCAAACUAACACUUUCCUAAUCCGUAACACCGUGCAGUGGCUAAACAUUCAUUUCGCUCUUUCGUGCCUCCCGGUAACUACUUACAUUUUAAUUGUUUUUGCUCGCCCUCUACUUAACUGGUGCUUUUUUAUGCGAAUGAUCCAGUUUUUCCCUUUAACAUACACUCACACACACUCACACACGCGCGCUCUCAAUAAUUGUAUAACACGAUUGUAAGAGUUAGAGGGGUAAAUUAGAAUACAAAAAAGCGUACACUCUCAUCGAACGUCUUUGCAGCGUACUUUUUGCUCGAAAACAAUAAUUAAAAAAAAAAACAAAAAAACAAUACAAAUCCAAUUCCACAGAAACAGGGGGGAGUGAAGAAUAGUUAAUGCAAAAUAUACCUUUCCAAAUCUUUUCAAUUUAAUAAAAAAACAAACUCGUACAAGUUUUUCUCGAACAAACAAAAAACAACAAUAAACAAACUAAUAAUCUCAACCCAUAAACAAAGUCCAGCUAACAAUAAUAGCGCAAAAAGGAUAAAAGAAACUAAACAAAACUGUACCAUACAAUGAAACAAUAAGCUAGAACAGAAAAUGGAGACAUUCGUAUUGGAAAAAAGUUAAACAAACCGAUUCAACAGUUGAAAAUAGAAGUGUCACAUUGAAUGUGCGGAAGAACAAAACAAAAUAACAGCAGCACAGCAGUAGUGCAACGCCGGUGUGAGAGAGCGUGUAACUAAGCAACCCGGUUUUGAGAACUCCAACCCUCCAUAUGUAUGUGCGUGUGUGAGUGUGUGAGUGUGUGAGUGAGUAUGUGUCUGUGCGUGAGUGUAUCGUGUGCAUGCUACCAACCAUGUUGAUGAUGUUUUAGCUGCAAGCAUGUUCCUGGUGUAAAGACAAAUCUGGCAUAGGCACACAUAGAAAGCAGAACACAAAAAGCAACCCUUUUCCCCAACCUUCAUCGUCUAACUGUGUGCAUUUUAGUGCAAAAGGAAGCAAGGGCGCCCCCUCCCCAAAGAAACAAGCACAUUCGAAUGCGUCAUCAGUGGCAAAACGUCAAAUGAAAAAGGAAGUGAAGAAACGGGAGCAGUGACAAAUAAACACACAACACACAACACACACACACAGAGCCAAUAAGUAACACAUUCUCGAAAUGCACGCCUAGUGUAGUGGAUAGUAGUAAUAAUAAGAUCAUCUUCACAACCACAAUCACCCAGAGAACGCUGAGCAGCAGCAGCAGCAGCAGCAGCCACACGUAGUAGUAGGGUGUAAGGGAAAAGGAAGAAAGAGAAAGGAGAAAGAGAGCGAGAGAUAGUGAGUGAACA